CCCACCCCCCCCCCCCCCCCAACCGCCGCCUCCCCCCCCCCCCCCCCCCUCGACCUCGCAGCCAAGCUCUUCGCCCACGCGCGCACCGGCGCCACCAGCGUCCUGCACACCUACCUAGCCGCGGGGAUCCCGCCCAACCUCACCAACCACGCCGGCGACACGCUCCUAAUGCUGGCCGCGUACCACGGGCACGCAGACACAGUGCGCAUGCUGCUCUCUCACCACGCGGACCCGAAUGCCACGAAUGCCCGCGGCCAGAGCCCCCUUGCUGGCGCUGUGUUUAAGGGGUACCGGGAUGUGGUGAGCGUGCUGGUGGAGGGGGGCGCGGAUCCUGAGGCGGGUCAACCGUGUGCGAGGGAUGCGGCGGUCAUGUUUGGUAGGAGGGAGAUUUGGGAAAUAUUGGGGGUGGAGGAGGGGAGGUGGGUGCCUGGGUUGGUUAAGGGGGGUAAGGCGGACGUGGGGGAGGGGGGUGGGUGUCCGGUUUAG